GUAAAUAAACCUUGUAAAAACUGUCAAGUUGCAAGGAGUUCAGACCAGCGACAGACAGCAAUGAAUCUGACGGGUGUUGCCAUUCUCUGCCUCCUUGUGGUGGGUGUUUGGGGGCAGUGCUGUCCCCCGGAUGUGUACGAGAUCACACAGGAUGUAUAUGCAGAAGUUCGCAAAAAUGGAACAGCGGAAAUAACAAGAGGAAUGCAGCGUGUGUCUUACGAUGGAGAGUCCAAACGAAUAUAUGUCCAUGGAAUCGACUACACCAAUAAUAUAGUGUCUGGCGUCAUCAUGGACUACAAACAUGGAAAGGAAUAUGUGUGGGCUAACGGUUACUGCCGAGUCUUACCCGUCGGAAACUUCAGCAAUUCAUGCAUACCAGAAAAUGCUAAACUUUUAACCCGAACAUAUAUGGGAGAACCCCCAAAUGAACUAUCAGUACAGAUGUACUCAUUUGAGAAAGAUUCCAAUCAAGCGUUUGCCACGGUAACCGAGGAAUGUACACCUAUAGAGGCCCACUUCUCCAAAGUGGCAGCAGGAUACGUUGAGUUUAUCGUGUUCUCUAACUUCUCCACUGGAAUAAAGGACCCCAGCGUUUUCACCCCUCCAGAUAUCUGUCAGAAAGAAAUGAGUUCUGAACACAUAGCUGGGAGGAGAAAGCGGGGAUUUUCUCUCUUUUGAAAAUUUAACAUGAAAUAUUAUGAAGGAAUGAUUAUGAUGAUAUCCAAUGUAUCAAUUUACUAUAACCUUUAUCCGAUUUGAUAAACACAUUCAUAUAUUUGUGUUACGAAUGUUGUAAUUUGGUUAAUAAAAAGUGGACACACACAG